GAAAAGUUUGGGGAGACUAUGAUGUACAUUACCGUACGUAAGGUACAGCACUUCGUACGAUGUACCUACGUCCUACGAUGUACGAGUAGUACCAUACUUUACAUACUCGUACCCGUACCAUGAGGUCCUUUUCAAAUUUCAAAUUGUUGUUGACAGUUGACACCAGCUUUUCUUCUCCGCAAUGAAUUGCGGAAUCGCUGUCGUCUUGUGUCCCAGCGUCCGAUGACACCAACCUACGAAAUCCUGAGCAAUCGAUGGCGCUAUUCUAUUCCUUCGAACAAUGACGAAAUCUGGUGGUACUGCUCUUCUAUUGCUAUCGCUAAYAUGGAUCGUAGCACCGAACACACUGCCUGAGCUUCGUUCCGUCGAGGCMCUCGACAUAUCGCCCGUGCCAUCGUUGCGGUCGAGGGGAGGGUUGGGAACGACCGGUUCACGGUCCGGCGCAAUGCGUCUCUCACCGGCACGGACCURUUCCACGGGGAGCCGGUGCGCUGGGGUGGGAUYCCAAAUCGUGCCAGYGACGAAUCAACCUYUGCCGCGAUAUAGAACAGAACGAAUAGCGGGCAACCGAUUUCGUACCCGGCUCGGCAACAGAAACAAGGAGGGCAACGACGAGCUCGACGACUCGGAAACAAGCACCAGCACACGAGAAGCCAGAACAACCAAGGAAACGACAACGGCGAGAGAUGCGCGAACAAAGAAUCCACGCGGCCAAAACCCCAUUUCCGACUUUUUGUACGGAGCCAACUACGUCCACUCCCAGUACUUGUCGAUCGUCUGGAGGUACUCCGUCGUCCGGAGCCUCGCCGUGACGGUCCCCAUCGGGAUCGCGAUCUGCCUCGACGAGCGGUACGGCCUGUACGAUGUCCUCUUCCGUGGCCUGCGGUCCGUCUUUUUCGUGUCGUCGGCCGCCGCGAGGCUGCUGCAGCUCCCGCUCGAGGUCGCCCAGUCCCUCCUGCUGGGCCUCUGGGAGGUCUCCCCGGAAACCACGGCCGCCGCCAUCGGYGUCCUCCCGAACGCGGUCGCCRUCCCGGCCGUCCAGCUGGGGCUCGCGGCACAGAGGGCCCUGGCGGCGGUCGCAGCGAUUGGCUGCGAGAGCAACKCCGCCACCUUGUUUUCGUCCAUGCUGGCGAUCCUCGUGUGGAGGCCCGCCGUCGAGGAGUGGCAGUACCGAUCGGUCCUGGACAAGCUGCUCUUCGGGCCGCCCCGCUGGGCACUGGCGUGGAGGCGGAAACUGCGGGCGGAKCCGCUCGAGGGGAGUUCCGCGACCGGGAGGGCGGGCAGGAAUGCCAGAAGCAGCGAGACUCCUAGUAAAAUGGUCGACACCGACGACGGCCGUGGCGCAACGAAGGUGUCUUCCGAAUCCGACUCGUUGCGAACCACAGAGGAAGCUGCUCCGUUCGUGAACCAAUCGAUGGUCGAGGUCGAGGUCGAAGUCGAAGUCGAGGAUUCCGCAACAACAAAUCGAUCCCUUGUCAACAAAUUGUUCUUUGGAGCUCCUCGAUGGAUCCGAGCUCGAGGGCGAAAGCGAGAGCUGUCUMUUCCCAGGAAUGUCACAAAGGACAUCGACCCUGUCGAGGACGAGCUCCCGCUCGUCGAUGAAACUAUGCACUCGUCGACCAAAGAAGAGUCGUCUUUAUCAACCGAGAAAGCGACCRCGUCGCUCAAACAAUCCUCGGYAACAGACGAGAUCAACGUGGAUGCCCCGACGGAAAAACGCUCCUUCGUGGACAAGGUGCUCUUCGGAGCUCCUAGCAGGCUGCGCAAUCGGAGGCGACGGAACGAGCUGCCCUCACUUGCGAACGAUACAAACCCCGAAGAUAUAAUCGAGAACGAUGGUCCAUCGUCGCCCGAAACCAUGCCCGUUACUACAGAAGCAGAGAUUGUCGAAACACCCAAGAAAUCCAUCGCGGGAGACAGCGAGGACUCGAUCAAUUGCAAUAGCGAUGGCGACAGCGAUGGCGGCGACAGCGGGUACACACCCUUCCUACCAGACGAAUCYACCCGCAUCCUUCUCGGAAGCCUUUUGUUUGCCACGACGCGGCUUGGUUGGCUGUCCUCGGACCCGGCCGACCCCGUGGCCCUGUCCAAUUCCCCGUACGGCUUUACGAUCGGCUUCCUCCAGUCGAUCUUCUCGCUCCUCUCGGGCGGCCAGGCCUCGGCGCCCGAGGUCCGCCACGGCCUCCAGAUCUUUAUACUCCUGCUGGCGAUCCACCAGACCGUMAGCACCUUUUUGGUGGCCCAGCACGUCUUUGCCGGGAUCUACCGCAGGCGGGGACUGGCGGCCUCCGUGGGAGCGCACGUGUCGUGGACGGUUGGAAAGGGGACGAUCGUMUUUCGGCUCCUGUGGAAAUUCUGGGAAAAUCUCACCGCCGGUAUAUGGAGAAACACCUUUGGCAGCAGCCCGGAGGAGGAAGACAUGGCAACGGAAGGGACAAACAGUGCGUCUGUCGAUUGAAUCGUUCAAUCGAUUUACUUCGGGGUAGGGCAGAGUGGGCCUUGCUAACAACAACAACAACAACAACAAAAAGCAAUUUCGCUUCACAUUUUUCAUAUCCUGGGACUGAAAUACGCUAUAAUCCGAACACAAUGAAAAAUAGUACAAUGGCAGCUAGUAUUGUAUAGGAAUGGGUGAUUCCCGUAAUCAUAAAAUCUAUUGUGACAUACUUUGCAUCUAUGACGUUACGGGAAUAAAAAUCUGACUACAUGGAUUUGUGUGUCAUAGAGUAUGACUCGCUACAUGUACCAACACAACYGGAAUGAAUUUAAAUAUACAAAUAAUCAAAUUCAAAUCUCCCA